GCGCCGCCGGGCCGCAGGCAACGAUGCUGCCCCGACGGCGGCGGGCUGGGUCCGCCGCCCCGGCCGCCCGCGCCGCGCCCCCCGACCCGCGCUUCCCGCACGUCGCCCUGUACCUGGCCGAGCGGCGCAUGGGCCGCAGCCGCCGCGCCUUCCUCGCUCACCUGGCGCGCUCCAAGGGCUUCCGAGUGCUGGACGCCUGCAGCUCCGAGGUGACGCACGUGGUGAUGGAGCACACCUCCGCGGAGGAGGCCGGCCGCUGGUGGCAGCGCCAGGCGGCUGCCCCCGCCCCGGGCUGCCACGGCCCGGCGCUGCUGGACAUCAGCUGGUUCACGGAGAGCAUGGCCGCGGGGCAGCCUGUCCCUGUGGAGAGUCGCCACCGCCUGGAGGUGGUCACACCUGGAGAGGAGCCGUCGAAGUCUGUGUGGCUAUUGCCCUAUGCCUGUCAGCGUCCCACGCCCCUCACGCACCACAACACCUGCCUCUCUGAUGCACUGGAGCUGCUGGCAGAAGCGGCAGGUUUUGACGGCAGCGAGGGCCGCAGUCUCUCCUUCAGCCGGGCAGCCUCGGUGCUCAAGGCACUGCCUGGCCCACUCACAGACCCCAGCCAGCUGCAGGCACUGCCUCACUUUGGGGAGCACUCCCAAAGGAUCAUCCAGGAGCUAUUGGAAGAAGGUGUAUGUGAGGAGGUGGAGAAGGUCCGGCGCUCAGAGAGGUACCAGGCCAUGAAGCUCUUCACUGGAAUCUUCGGUGUUGGGGUGAGAAUUGCUGACCAGUGGUUCCGGGAUGGCCUUCGGACUCUGGAGGACCUGCGCGAACAGCCUCAGAGACUGAGCCAGCAGCAGGAAGUAGGACUGGAGCACUUCCGGGACCUCAGCACCCCGGUCCAGUGGCCCGACGUGGAGGCCCUACAGCAGCUGGUGGUGGCGGCCGUGGACCGGGCCCUUCCUGGGGCCUCUGUCACAUUGACUGGUGGCUUCCGGAGGGGAAAGCGGCAGGGCCACGACGUGGACUUCCUCAUCACGCAUCCCCAGGAAGGCCGGGAGGCCGGGCUGCUACCCACUGUGCUGCAGCACUUGAAGGAGCAGGGGCUGCUCUUGUACCACCAGUACCACCGCCGCCACAAGGCUGCCGCCCGGCCGCAGCACAGCCACAUCAUGGACGCCUUUGAGAGGAGCUUCUGCAUCUUCUGCCUACCGCUCCCCCCGGGGACAGCCGGGGAGGACCCCCUGCAGCCCGGGCCCGCCUGGAAGGCCGUGCGGGUGGACCUGGUGGUGGCCCCGGACAGCGAGUUUCCCUUUGCACUGCUCGGCUGGACUGGCUCUAAGCAUUUCGAGCGGGAGUUACGGCGCUUCAGCCGGAAGGAGCGAGGACUAUGGCUCAACAGCCACGGGCUCUGGGACCCACAGCAGAAGAGAUGUUUCCACGCCACAUCGGAGGAAGACAUCUUCAGACAGCUGGACCUCGACUACCUUCCCCCGGAGCAGAGAAAUGCCUGACCCUGGAGGCCGGCGC